AUGGCUGAUGAAGAAGAUGAUUGCAUGUCUGACGCUUUCCUGAACCAAAUCCCAGAUGUUCGGCCUGGCAUCCCGAUGGUGAAGCGUGUGAAGGAAGCCAUGAAAAAAGAGGCUCUUCAGAAAGAGAAAAACACACAGAACCGGCAGAAGAGCUUCAAAGAGCAGGAGCGAGAGAGUCGGGAGGCCGCGCUGCAGAGCUCCUUAAGCAGCCAAAAUAAAGGCUUUGCGUUACUGCAGAAGAUGGGAUAUAAAGCAGGACAAGGCCUGGGGAAAGAGGGUGCUGGACGAGUUGAGCCGGUUCCUCUGAACAUCAAAACAGUUGGGAUGAAAGUGCGCAAGAGAACCGAAAGAGAAGAGCGCCAAACAAGCGCCAAACAGGGCGACCUGAGGAACAGCCAGCGGGCCUGUGAGCAGCUCGACAGCCAGAAGGGCAUCAGUGUUCCCAGAGACAGCUGGUACUGGCCUGAAGUUGUGAAAGAUGAAGAUGAAGAGCUUCUGGAGGAGGAAGCCAAACCAGAGGGAAGUGACGAGGAGGAGGAGCUCACACCUUUAGACAAGCUGCAGUUUCUCGCCUCGUAUCUGCGAGGACUUCAUUUUUACUGCAUAUGGUGUGGAACGGCGUUUAAUGAUGAGGAGGAUUUGAGCUCAAACUGUCCUGGUGACACGGCAGCAGAUCAUGACGACUAG